AGCCAGCACUGAGCGCCAGCCCCGCGACACCUCCCUCCUCCCUCCGGCCGGGAUAAAACUCCUCACCUGCCUUCCAGGCUGGUUUAUCGCACCUUUCCUCCCUGCCAGCCCCUCGGGGAGCCGGAGCACAGUGGAUUUUGGCUGGAGGGAGCUGCAGGAGUUAUGAGGGAUCGCGGGCUGCCUGCGCUCCCCGCCGGAGCGCGACUUGACGUUUAACCGGGAAGAGAAAAGGGACAAAAACAGAGAGGAGGGAGAAAGAGAGGGGAAAAAAGGAAAGAAAAGCCCAAAGCUGGAACUCAAGUUGCAGCAGCGAAGCAGCGCGUUCCCCCUCUGCCUCGGGAAGAAUUUCUUGGCUGGGUGUGUGGGUCCCUGUUAUUCGGGCUGCGGCAGAGGAUUUGGACUCUGAGUCAGACCGGGCGCUAAUGAGGAGGAAGAGGAUGAAUGUGCUGCCACGGGCCUGUGCCAGGCUGCUCCUGGUGUCCCUGCUCUGCACCACCGCCCUCUGCCAAUGGAGCAAAAACAAUCGCUGUGUGCUGUCCCGGGCCAAGAGCUGCACUGAGUGCAUCCGGGUGGACAAGGACUGCUCCUUCUGCACAGACAAGAGCUUUGAGGAGCCGCGCUGUGACCUGCGGGAGAACCUGCUGCGCUCGGGCUGCAGCGAGGCUGCCAUCGUCUACACCCAGGGAGAGAUGAAGGCCCUGAAGAAUUUCAGUAUCAACACGUCCCUGCAGAGGACCCAGGUGUCCCCCCAGGCCAUGUACAUGCGGCUGCGUGCUGGGGAGGAGAUGAGCUUCGACAUGGAUGUCUUCCAGCCCAAGGAGAGCCCUGUGGACCUCUACAUCCUCAUGGACUUCUCCUACUCCAUGUCUGAUGAUCUGGACAACCUCAAAAGCAUGGGGCAAAACCUAGCGGAAUUCCUGCAAGCCCUGACUUCUAAUUACACCAUUGGAUUCGGCAAGUUUGUGGACAAAGUCUCAUCCCCUCAGACAGACAUGAGACCUGAAAAGCUGCGGGAGCCGUGGCACAACGCCGACUCGCCCUUCUCCUUCAAGAACGUCAUCCGCCUGACCAGCAACAUCCACCACUUCAGCCAGGAGCUCCGCAAGGAGCGCAUCUCCGGGAACCUGGACGCGCCCGAGGGCGGCUUCGAUGCCAUCCUGCAGACAGCUGUCUGCAAGGAUCAGAUCGGCUGGAGAAAGGACAGCACUCACCUGCUCGUGUUCUCCACCGAGUCUGCCUUUCACUAUGAGGCUGAUGGCACCAACGUCCUGGCAGGGAUCCUGGCCCGGAACGAUGAGCAGUGCCACCUGGACAGCCAUGGCACCUACGUGUACGACACCCAGCAGGACUAUCCCUCCGUGCCCACCCUCGUGCGCCUCCUGGGCCAGCACAACAUCAUCCCCAUCUUUGCUGUCACCAACCACUCCUACAGCUACUACGAGAAGCUGCACAAGUAUUUCCCCAUCUCCGAGAUCGGGGUGCUCCAGGAGGACUCUUCCAACAUUGUGGAAUUGCUCCGCACAGCCUUUGAGCGAAUCCGCUCCAAGAUGGACAUUCGGGCUGACUUCACCCCCAAGGCCCUCAAGACAGACUUCACCUCCUCAGUAUUUGAAAAGACAGAAUCCGGCUCCUUCCACAUCACCCGUGGAAAAGUGAGCAAGUUCCACAUGCACGUGAAGGCUCUGGAGUACGUUGGUGGGCAGCACGUCUGCAGCCUGCCCGAGAAGGACCGGCGCGGAGUCAUCCACGUGAAGCCCACGUCCCUGACCGACAGCCUCACCGUGUCAGCCGCUGUCGUCUGCGACGUGUGUCCCUGUGAACAGCAACAAGAGCUGGACUCACCCAAGUGUAGUUUCCACGGGAACUUUGUGUGCGGACAGUGCAUCUGCCACCCGGGCUGGCGAGGGGACACCUGCGACUGCUCCCCGGCGUCCUCCCCGGACAACGAUGCGUGCGUGCGGCCCGGGGACGCGGAGCCGUGCUCGGGGCGUGGCGAGUGCCUGUGCGGGCGGUGCCAGUGCUACUCCGAGGAGCAGAGCCCGCGCUUCGACGGCGCCUUCUGCGAGUUCGACGUCCUGCAGUGCCCGCGCACCUCCGGCUUCCUCUGCAACGAUCGUGGCCGCUGCUCCAGGGGCGCCUGCGUGUGCGAGAGCGGCUGGGAGGGCCCGGGCUGUGAAUGCCCCACCAGCAAUGACACCUGCAUCGACAGCCGGGGGGGCAUCUGCAAUAACCACGGGAGGUGUGAGUGUGGCAGAUGCAUCUGUGACAUGGCUUCGCUGUACACCAGCUCCACCUGUGAAAUCAGCUACUCCCUGGGCUUCCAGGCCGUGUGCGAGAGCAUCCGGGACUGUGUCCGCUGCCAGACCUGGGGGACAGGCAGCCUGAAAGGGAACUGCAGCUCGUGCCACCUCCAGAUCCAGAUGGUGGAGGAGCUGAAGAAAGAGGAGGCUGGCGAGUACUGCUCCUUCCAGGAUGAGGAUGAUGACUGCACCUACCACUACACCCUGGAGGGAGACCCCAGUGUCCUCCCCAACACCACUGUCCGUGUACAGAAGAAUAAAGAGUGCCCGCCUGGCAGCUUCCUCUGGCUCAUCCCACUGCUCAUCUUCCUCAUCCUGCUCCUGGGGCUGCUGCUCUUGCUCUGCUGGAAGUUCUGUGCCUGCUGCAAGGCUUGCCUGGCCCUGCUUCCCUGCUGCACACGAGGUCGCACGGUGGGCUUCAAGGAGGACCACUACAUGCUCCGCCACAGCCUCAUGUCCUCCGACCACCUGGACACGCCGCUGGUGCGCAGCGGCUCCCUCAAGGGCCGCGACACGGUGCGCUGGAGGAUCCACAACAACGCCCACAAGCAGGGAGUGCCCGCUGCCAGCAGCCCCAAGGAGCUCAUUCCCUACGGGCUGUCUCUGAGGCUGGCCCGGCUUUUCACGCAGAACCUGAUGAAAGCGGACACGCGGGAGUACGAGCAGCUCCGCAAGGAAGUGGAGGAGAACCUGAAUGAGGUUUUCAAGCACAUUCCUGGCUGCCACAAGGUGCAGCAGACCAAGUUCAGGUUACAGCCCAAUUCUGGGAAAAGGCAGGAUCACACCAUUGUGGACACAGUGCUCACUGCUCCUUACUCAGCCAAGCCAGACAUCAUCAAAGUGGUGGAAAAGCACGUUUCCCACGAGGCUUUUAAUGACCUGAAGGUUGCACCGGGUUAUUACACUGUGACCUCAGACCAAGAUGCUCAGGGAAUGGUGGAGUUCCAGGAGGCUGUGGAGCUGGUGGACGUCCGUGUCCCGCUCUUCAUCAGGGACGAUGAUGAUGAUGAGAAGCAGCUGCAGGUGGAGGCCCUUGAGGUCCCCAACGGCAUCGCAAAGAUUGGGCGCAGGAUUGUCAACAUCACCAUCAUCAAAGAGCAGGCCAGCAGCCUCAUCACCUUCCUGCAGCCAGCCUAUUCCCACAGCCGCUUCGAUAAGCUGGCCAAGAUCCCUGUCCUUCGGGAGAUCAUCGACAACGGGAAAUCCCAGGUCACCUACAGGACCCGGGACCUCACGGCCAAGAACGGCAGGGACUACAUCUUCACGGAGGGUGAGCUGGUCUUCCAGCCUGGGGAGACCCGAAAGGAGGUGCAGGUGCCCUUGCUGGAGCUGACAGAGAUAGACACCCUCCUCAACAACUGCCAGCUCAAGCAAUUUGCUGUCGACCUCCUCCACCCCAAGUACGGCGCCAAGAUUGGCCGCUACCCCCAGACCACGGUGACCAUUGCUGACCCAGAGCUGGUGGAUGGUGUCCCCUCAGUGACUGGCCUGGCCCAGGUCCCCCAUUCCCCCAAGGGCCGCCUGAGUGCACCGCUUAAUCCCAAUGCCCGUGCCCUCAGCUCCAGGGAAAUCAGCUUCAACUGGUUUCCUCCACCGGGAAAACCCCUGGGGUACAAGGUGAAAUACUGGAUCCAGGGAGAUCCUGAGUCGGAAGCUCAUCUCAUCGAUGUCAAAACCCCAUCAGCAGAGCUGACAAACCUUUACCCCUUCUGCGACUAUGAGAUGCAAGUGUGUGCCUACAACGCCAUGGGAGAAGGGACAUACUCGGACAUCGUGCGCUGCCGCACGCUGGAGGAGGUGCCCAGCGAGCCCGGGCGCUUGGCCUUCAACGUCGUGUCCUCCACCGUGACCCAGCUGAGCUGGGCUGAGCCUGCGGAGACCAACGGGGAGAUCACGGCCUAUGAAGUCAGUUAUGGGCUGGUCAACGAGGACAAUGUGCCCGUGGGGCCCGUGAGGAAGGUGCUGGUGGAGGAGCCCAAGAAGCGCAUGGUGCUGAUCGAGAACCUGCGGGAGUCGCAGCCCUACCGCUACACGGUGAAGGCCAGGAACGGCGCGGGCUGGGGGCCCCAGAGAGAAGCCACCAUCAACCUGGCCACGCAGCCCAAGCGCCCCAUGUCCAUCCCCAUCAUCCCUGAUGUCCCCAUCAUCGACGCAGAGGGAGGUGAGGACUAUGACAGCUACCUGAUGUACAGCACGGACGUGCUCCGCUCUCCGGCUGGCAGCAAGAGGCCCAGUGUCUCUGAUGAUUCAGGCUCCCGGUGGAAAUUUGUGCCGCUGCUGGGAGAAGACCUGGACCUGCGCCGCAUCACCUGGAGGCUCCCGCCCGAAACCAUUCCCCGCCUCUCUGGCAGCAGCCGCCUCUCCUCGGACACCGAGGGGCCCCUCCACGGGGAGGACGGCGCCGUGGCCCCCGGCGGUGCCAGGAGGAGCGGGACACCCCGGCCCCAAGCAGAGCACUUGCUGAAUGGCCGGGUGGACUUCUCCUUCCCCGGCAGUGGCAGUGGCACCCUGACCAGGACAGCCAACACCAGCUACCAGCAGCUGAGCUCCCACGUGCACCAUGAGCACAGGGUGAUGGGCAGCUCCUCGCUGACCAGAGACUACUCCACAAUGCUGAUGGGGCACGAUUACCCAGGGACACUCCUCCCUCCCAUCCAUGAAGAUGCUGGGAGGACGCUCCUCCAGCCCCGGGACGUGGGUUUCAGGAGCAGGGCAAAGGUGAAGGGUUACUACCCCAGCAUUGGCUGUCGGGACUCUGUAACCAUGACUGAUGGGUCCACAGGGAUGUGCAAGUACAUAGACUCGCGGAGGCCGCCGGGUGUCCCCGACACCCCCACACGUUUGGUGUUCUCCGCCCUGGGCCCCACGUCCCUGAAGGUGAGCUGGCAGGAGCCGCGCUGCGAGAAGGACGUGCAGGGCUACAGCGUGCAGUACCAGCUCCUCAGCGGAGGAGAGGUGCACAGGAUCACCAUCCCCAACCCCAGCCAGAACUCGGUGGUGGUGGAGGACCUGCUGCCCAACCACUCGUACAUCUUCAAGGUGAAGGCGCAGAGCGAGGAGGGCUGGGGCCCCGAGAGGGAGGGCGUCAUCACCAUCGAGUCCCAGGUGGACCCGCAGAGCCCGCUCAGUCCCGUGCCAGGUACCCCCUUCACCCUGAGCACCCCCUGUGCCCCUGGACCGCUGGUUUUCACUGCCCUCAGCCCAGAUUCGCUGCACCUCAGCUGGGAGAGGCCCCGUGAGCCCAACGGGCCCAUCCUGGGCUACAGGAUCACCUGUGAGAUGCUGCAUGGAGGAGGAGAGCCCAGGACAAUCUAUGUCGAAGGAGACAACCUGGAAACCACCCUGACUGUGCCCCACCUGAGUGAGAAUGUCCCCUACAAGUUCAAAGUGCAAGCCAACACCACCCAAGGCUUUGGGCCAGAGAGAGAAGGCCUCAUCACCAUUGAAUCUCAGGACAGAGGUACUUUCUCCCAGUUCGGAGGACAGCAGUACAUGAGAGAAGUUUACAAAUUCCCCACUGAAUAUACCACCAAAACCAGCAUCAGCCAUUCCUCUCUGGAUCCCCACUUCACAGAUGGGAUGCUGGUGAGCACCCAGCACGUGGAGAACUCCACCCUCACCCAGGAGUUUGUGACUCGCACCGUGCUGGCCAGCGGGACCCUCACCCAGCAGGUGGAGAGGCAGUUCUACGAGGCCUGAGCUGGGGCAGGCCAGCACCAGCACCAGCAGGAUUUUGGGAUCAGGUGCCAGGAUUUUGUGGAACCACUCGAGGGUGCUUCGUCCAGGGCAGCUCCUCCUGCGGGCACAGCCCCUCUGUGGCACUCCAGGCUUCUCCUUGGGAGCCCGGCACACUCAGAGCUCUGGCACAGCUGGGUGUGUCACCUCAUCCUUCAGGCAGAAACUGGGCUGCCUCCAUGGCUUCAGCCUUCCCAAGUAAAGAAUGGAAUGAUUUCAUCAUCAGCUCCUCGGUUUUGAGAGGAUCUCAGAUGUCAAAAUCGUGAUUUAUAGAGGGUCACCAUUUCCAUCUUUGCUCUCUGGCAACUCACUUGUCCACUGGAGAUGGCUUCAUGUUUUGUUCAGUAUGGGGGUUUUUAUGAGAGCUGCAAGGUAGGGUUUUGGGGUAACCUGUGCUUUCUUACUGCACCUAUUUGUGUCUGUCCUUUGCUGCUGACAUUUGGUACCAUGAUUGCAAAGAAUAACUUUUCAUUUGUGUUGUGUUGAUGGCCUCUGAUUUUUUUUUUUUUUUUGCAUACAAUAUUGUACAGUUUUCAUAGUUUAUAUAUAUAUAAAUAUAUAAAUGUAUUUUAUUAUUUUAUAAAAAAAUGGAGGUGGAUGAGAUCUAUGCUGAAUGUGGAGGCUACACUGGGAUUGUGGCUGCUGGGAAACAUGAAUAACUGGAGGAAAUGAAUUCAGGACUUGAUCCAAACGCCUCUUCAACCCUGUGGUGAAGCUGGUGGGCUCUGCCUUGGAUCUUGUGUCCUUCAGCACCAGAGGCUGCAGUGGAAGGCUGCAAGGGGCCAGAUGCCCUCACUGCAGAGCAUCCCCAGCUGGAGCACUUGGACACAGAGGAGCCCCCCAGAGGAGGGAGGGGAUGGCCCCAGCAGCUGAGAUGGGAACUGCACUGAGAUUGCUGACACAGCUGAUGUGGAGAGAGUGAGAUUUUGGGGCAGAGGAUGUUGAAUAUCUUCUAAAAGACUUUUUGCCCAGCAGAAACAUCCAUAAAGGGACCUGUGAUCCAUCAGUAAACACAAAGGAAGAGCAAGCCUGGGAACAACAGGCACAAGUCUGAGACUCCUUGAGCCCCAGCUGCUCUCACACAGGGCUGGGCUGAGCUGAGAUCCUGCUGGGCUUCAUGUCCCAGCGCUGGGCAGGAUCCCUGGAAGCUCCCUGUCCCCUGCCAAGCAGGCUCCCUGUCUUGCAAAGCAAUGCAGGGUUUCCCUGGCAUGUCCCAGCUGCAUGGCAGCAGGGGAGGAGCCUGCCUGGAGGAGCAGCUGCCACUGCUCUGCCUUAGAGCUUCUACCAAAGCAGCACUGCCUGGGCUCCUGGCAGCAUCACCAACCUCCUGUGAUCUCACAAUGAACCUUGGGGGUUUUUUAUUUCUUAUCUCUCUUUUUUUUUUUUUUUUUUUUUUUUUAUUCUGAAGAAGAGCUCACUACCAACAGUUCCCUCUCCUCUUCAGCUUUUUUAUUUCACUGGGGAAGGGUUGUACAUCUUUCAGCCAAAGAUGGAUCUGGGUGAAUCAAGUCCACAGAACUCUCCACGGCUGGGGAUGGAGCCGAGUCAGUUUUGAACUUGGCUCGAGGGAUCCUUCACCAGCCCUGAGGUUUUACUGUGCCUUCAAGAAGCACUUAUUUCUCCUGAGCACGUGCCACUGGCAUGAGCCUGCCUCCUCCCUGCUCCCUUCUUGCCUGGGCUUGGGAUUUUUCUCUCCUCCUGCACAAGGACUCUGUGACCCUUUCUCUGGGCUUUAUGGUCCAGGGUCAAACACUGGUGACUUUCCCAAGCAUUUUAACCAAAGAUGCUCCCGUUCUCCAAGGGAAUCAGGCCUUCCCCAUGCACAUGCACUAACCCCAGGCCUGUCUUUUUUAAUUUCAUCUGGUUGUUGGAGCUGGUGCUGUUUCAGCCUUUCCAAGCUGAAUCCAGAGCAGUCUUUGAUCAGAUGGCUUCUUCUUGCACUCAAUAAAUAUUUUCUCUAUA